AUGGCCUCUAGGGGAGUGACUCAUGAUGUUUCAAGCUACAAUAUAAUGAUUAAUGGGUUUUGUAAGAUUAAAAAGGUCGAUGAAGCCAUGAAUCUCUUUGAAGAAAUGCAUUGCAAAAACAUUAUUCCUGAUGUGGUAACAUACAAUUCCCUUAUUGAUGGUAUCUGUAAAUCGGGGAAAAUCUCUUAUGCUUUAAAGCUAGUCGAUGAGAUGAAUGAUAGAGGUCAACUACCUGAUAUAAUUACUUACAAUUCUAUAUUAAAUGCUUUAUGCAAAAACCAUCAGGUUGACAAGGCAAUUGCAUUAUUAACAAAAUUGAAAGACCAGGGUAUCCGACCAAAUAUUUACACACACACUAUUCUAAUUGAUGGAGCCUUGGCUUUGCUAUCAAAAAUGAAGGACAAUAAUUGCUAUCCAAAUGCUGUGACUUACAGAAUAAUUAUACGUUCUCUGUUUGAUAAAAAUGAUAAUGAUAAGGCGGAGAGACUUUGUGAAAUGAUUGUGAGUGGUGUAUUGUAA